UAGAAAAAUAGCAAUAUUCCCAACUCCAUAUCGCAAGGAUGUGGACUGUCCCUUCCUGUUUUAGUGCCGAGAGAGCCACCGUAGCGCCUCAGACAGUAGCAGGAAUACAGGCACCCACAACGCGAUUAUGUCCGGAUUUUCGCCGCGUUCGUCGGGCACACGGAGCCGCACUGCGCGCCGCGGGCUGCACCGCUUUCGCUGUUAGGGGACGCGGUUAUGCUGUUCUCCCGGUAGCUGGUAACAUAGCAGGCCUGUUUAUUGCGCUGCCAACCCUUGUUCCUUUCCUGUGUCAAUGAUUGUCCUCCCCUCAGUCUCUCAUGGCGGAGACUAAAAUAAUAUAUCACAUAGACGAGGAGGAGACUCCUUAUCUGGUCAAGCUGUCUGUUCCUCCGGAGAAAGUCACUUUAGCGGAUUUUAAAAAUGUCCUCAACAACCGACCCGUCAAUAGCUACAAAUUCUUCUUUAAAUCCAUGGACCAGGAUUUUGGGGUCGUCAAAGAGGAGAUUUCCGACGACAACGCCAAGCUGCCGUGCUUCAACGGGCGGGUGGUGUCCUGGACAAAAACCGAAGUAUCCUGGUGUGUGUGUUGUAGUGCCAACGCAGUGAGCAGCCGCGACGGCCUGGACACGGAGACGGGGACGGAGUCUCUGCUGAGCCACCGCAGGGAGCGAGAGAGAGAGCGCGCACGCAGGAGAGCGAGAGAGACCGAGCUCCCUCGCAUCAACGGUCACUCUAAAUCUGAACGCACCGCCAGGGACUCGGCCAUGGGUUACGACAGCGCCUCGGUAAUGAGCAGCGAGCUGGACUCCAGCUCAUUUGUUGACAGCGAGGAGGAUGAGGAUGCCAGCAGGCUCAGCAGCUCCACAGAACAAAGUUCUUCUUCGCAGCUCAUGCGCAGACACAAGCGGCGCAGACGGAGACACAAAAUGGCCAAGAUAGACCGGUCCUCAUCUUUCAGCAGCAUCACAGACUCCACCAUGAGCCUCAACAUCAUCACCGUCACACUCAACAUGGAGAAAUACAACUUCCUGGGCAUCAGUAUUGUAGGUCAGAGUAACGACCGGGGAGACGGCGGCAUUUACAUCGGCUCCAUCAUGAAGGGAGGAGCCGUGGCUGCUGACGGCAGAAUAGAACCAGGAGACAUGCUCCUGCAGGUGAAUGAUGUGAAUUUUGAGAACAUGAGCAACGAUGAUGCUGUGAGGAUCCUGAGAGAAAUCGUUUCUAAGACUGGCCCUAUUAGUCUCACUGUUGCCAAAUGUUGGGAUCCGUCUCCGCGGAGUUACUUCACCAUCCCUCGUGCGGAGCCAGUGAGACCCAUCGACCCUGCAGCCUGGAUUUCUCACACCACAGCCCUGACGGGACCUUAUCCACAUUACGAAUUUGAUGACCUGCCGCUGUCGGUCGGUAAAACAGACAUGGCAACCAUUGUGAAGGUGAUGCAGCUGCCUGACUCUGGCCUGGAGAUUCGCGACAGGAUGUGGCUGAAGAUCACCAUCGCCAAUGCCGUCAUAGGUGCUGAUGUGGUGGACUGGCUUUACUCCAGAGUGGAAGGCUUCAAGGACCGGCGAGAUGCAAGGAAGUAUGCGAGCAGUCUGCUGAAACACGGCUACCUGAGACACACCGUCAACAAAAUCACCUUCUCCGAACAGUGCUACUACACAUUUGGGGACCUCUGCCAAAACAUGGCGUCACUCAAUCUGAAUGAGGGAUCCAGUGGCGGAGGCUCUGAGCAGGACACGUUGGCGCCGCUACCUCCCACCACCAACCCCUGGCCUCUUGGCGGGCAGCCGUUCCCUUACCCUCCGUUUACGUCGGCGCCCCCCUGCUUCCCGCCGGGAUACUCCGACCCGUGCCACAGCUUCCACAGCGGGAGCGCCGGCAGCCAGCACAGUGAGGGAAGUCGAAGCAGUGGAUCGAACCCCAGCGCAGGCAAAGACAGACGCUCCCCGCAGGAGAAGGCUCAGAGGACGACGUGCUGCGAGUCAGAGCCGGGCGUCCGCGGAGCGAGGCGGGGCGACCGCUCCGCCAGCCAGAUGAGCCACCAUAGCCACGCCAGGUCGAGCCUGAGCCACAGCCACUCGCACAGGAGCCACUCGCUGUCCCAGAGCAACCACCCCUCCUUCGGCUACAGCCACACCCCCUUCACCCAGCCGGGGCCGGGCUCCUGCRCGCAGAGCGAGCGGAGCCAUGCCUCCUCCUACGGCCCCCCAGGCUUGCCUCCCCCUUACUGCCUAGCUCGACUCGCCCCCAAGCCCUCGGUGAGCAGCAGCACGCCACCCGGAGCGCCGCCGGGGAGGGAGCUGGCGUCCGUCCCCCCGGAGCUCACGGCCAGCCGCCAGUCGUUCCAGCACGCCAUGGGCAACCCCUGUGAGUUCUUUGUGGACAUCAUGUGACAGGACAGUGCCUUCAUAAACAAAACAAAAACACAGUGAGCACAAAACAAUCCUCCCUGAACUCACUUGCGUGUUUUUCUUUUUUCUCCUCAGUCGAUUGAGCGCCCUUAAAGCUGCGGUGUGUAACUUUUAUAAAAGACGUUCGUCGGUAUUUUAUUCCUUAAAACUGUCAGUGUGUCGUGACGGUACAGAAUGAGACGGAUAAAAUGUGAAAUGUUCAGCUUCCUCUAUCUUUUCCCAGAUCUAUCUGCAAAAAUGCAGAGUUCAGUCAGAAACAACCAAUCAGAGCCAGGAGGAGGGACUUAGCGCUGCCCAUCAGCUCAUGUACCCACUUCUCACACUGUCCUCCUUGCCCAGCCAUGAAUAUUUAGUUUAAUUAGCAAAAUCAAUAUACAGAUAAAAAAUUAAAUGCACCAACAAAUCGACCCAGAUUUCCUUCAUGUUGGGAUCGGCUGAAUGUGACGCCGUCUGGAAAUGAACCGCUGUCUGCACGUUUGCAGAAACCAAUACUGACUCUACUGUUACCAACUCACUGGCUUUCUUGCUAAAUUUAUUAACAUUUCAGACAAAAAAAAAUUUGUUUUGGCCAAAAUUAGAAUCAACAGGUCAAGUUUUUUUUAAAGAUUUUAACCAGAAAACUGGAAUCAGUGCAGGAAGAGGCAAAAACCCUAUAAGCUUAUAUAAAGUCACCACCUAAAUAUUAUAGAGAAAAAUAUAAUCCAAGAAUACAAUCCCCCAUCAGACGAUCAUAAAUUUAUUAAAUACAAUCAUAUUGAAAAAAUAAAAACACCUGUAAAGCAUUAAUGAAAUUUUUUUAUAAAAUAUGUGAUAAUGAAAAACAUUACACAACUUUUAAUGGACUUUUACAGAAUACUAAGGCUAGUUAGCAUGUCCACUUUUGAUAGUGGAUUAACAGUUUUCCUUUAACAGUAAGUUUUUUGAGCAGCACAUGGCCGAGCCUGAUUGACAACACUUAGACCUUCCUCCUGGCUCUGAUUGGUUGUUUUUGGGAGUGGUGCAUUUCUUUACACAGCAAUAGCAACACUAGCAGGAGGUAGAGGUCUCAUAUUAGCCUGUCACAACAUGGUGACAGUUUUAGUAAAUGUAUAAAGAACAGAUUUAUUUUUUAAUAAAAGUUACGUGCUGCAGCUUUACGUUCAGAAUGUAGAUACCACCCGGGCCCCUCCGUGGCCCCUCAGCUACCUGAUGUCUGCAGACAGGAACGGGCUGCGUUAGCACAAAGGAAGGAUUCCUCUCGCUAUAAGCACAGGUGCUCCACCUGAACCCCUCCUGCCCCCCACGCCCCUUUUUCUACAGACAUGUACAGUUUGUAAAACGUUAGUUCUGUUCGGUGUGGUGAUUCUUCGAAGCUGCCAUGCAGUCAAUCUGGGGUAAAACCUCGGACGUCGUCUGUUCAGCGAGACCUUUACCUUUGCUGGACCUGGAUCUCAAUCCCCAGACCCAGACCCAAAACUCCGGACCCACGUCUGUUUGUGUCUCCGCCGUUUCUGGGGCUUCGUCGCCAGCAGCUUGCCUGAGCUCCGACUUGCCAACACUAACCGUGAUCUGUGGACCCAACAACCGGCUGCCAGUUUGACCAAGGCUGCGUCCUGCAUGUCUGAACUGCUUUAAAGAAAUUUUAUGAAUUCGUUUUGUUUGAAGUAUUAACUAAGCUGGAGGGAAGGAGGUUCCCUCUUGUUCUAAAGGAUGAAUCCGUACACUGGAAGAUUUUGUGAUGUUAUUUAUGUGGUCAUGUUGCGUUGAUGAUGUUGUCGCAGUUUGUCUCCUCUAAGCUUCCUGACAGACAAUCAGACAUCACCCUUUGUGAAUCAGAGGCCACUUUCCACUUUCUCAGCCGUUCGCUGUCAAACAUGCAACAGAUGUCAAAAGUCUGCACACCCCGUAACUGCAAAAGGUUCUAAAUAAACCAUUUUUACAACCUUUCCCACCUUUAAUGUAAAAAUAUUUUCUCUAUUAUUCACCUGGAGAACAAAUAAAUCUGUCAGAAGGUAAAAUAUACUAAACAUAAAUGCAGCAAUAACCCGGUUGCAUAAGUUUCCACAACAUUGAAUGAUUAAUGAGUUCAUAUCUGACAUGAAUUAUAGAGAAUUUCAUGAACGUCAAAUCAAUUUCAGCUGUGCCAGAAGGAUUUCCCUCACAUUAUUCAGCUAAAGCAGAAGCUUAAUGAGAGAACAAAAGACCUUAACAAUGUCACUGUACAGAGGUACUUUUUCAGAAGAAAAGUACCAAAAAAUAACAGCUUUAUGUUUACGUAAACAUAAAUCAGUAGUUGGAGAAAAUAAAUAACACUUGUAAUGUUUUUUUUUUUUACAUGACAAAAGGUUGAUGCGGUCUAGCAACAACCUGAAUUAAAGCUCCAAAAAUCCUGUGGACAAACAAACUCACACAAAAUGCAAAACAUAAUGAAAAACACAACAGUGUCCAAACAGGAAACUGUAAAAAAAAAAAAAAAA